GCUUGCUUUCCAAAUGGUGCAGCAGUGUCGUUACUUUGCAGCAGGCAACUGCCGAAAUGGCGCCAAUUGCACAUUCAGCCAUGGUGCUGCUGGUCCGCCUGCGUCCAUGUCGCGUGGCGGCGGCGGCGGCGGCGGCGGCGGCUUUGGGCGCGGCGGGGCCACUGGCCGUGGCGGAGGCUUUGCACCGCGAGGUGGGCAUGCUGGCAUGGCGACUGGCGCGGGCGGCUUUGGAAUGGCUACGGGCGGCAGUGGAGGCGGCUAUGGUCGAGGCGGCGGCGGCGGUGGCUACGCAGCUCAUGGCGCUCCCAACACUGGCUACCGUGGGGCACCCGCAAACACAGGCUUCGGGUUCCAGUCCAACACGGGCGGCAUGGGACGCGGCGGCGGCGGCGGCGGCGGCGGAGGAAACACACGAGGCGGCGCUGCUCAGACGGGUUGGUCGAACCGAGGCGGAUUCUCGCAACCUCAAACAAGCCACAUACAACCUGCAUCAAUGGGCGGCGGCGGCGGAUUUGCUCACCAAGGCGCAGGCCGUGGCGGCGGCUUUCAAGGAGCUGGGGGCUUUAACAACACCUCGCGAGGCGGCUCGCGUGGCGGAGGUGGGUUUGCCGCAAACAAUGGUCGAGCCCCGGUCGGGACCAGCUCGUUUAAUGGCAAUCAAUCUUUCAAUGCUGCGCGAGGCGGCGGCAACAGCCAGCGCGGCGGCUUUGCUGGUGGUGCCAGUGCAGCCAAUGCUCGCCAGGCCGAAGAGAUCAAACUGGAGACGUUUCACGCCGAAUUCCCCCAGCAUUGGCCCUUGACUUCGUUUGGUGACCCAAACACACGCUCCACACUGCACGGCGACAUUUCGUUUGAAGAAUUGCAAUGGGACUUGUACGAGUUGCUCGGCACAGGCUCUGCUCAAGCCGCCGACAUUCAUCGACAACGGCAUCAAAUCUUACUCGAAGCGGCCAAUUUACGGUUGGAUCAGCUGCAAGCAAGGGGCCUUGACGCCGAGAUUGAUGAGCCAUGGCUUCUCCCGGAAUUUGCUGCGGUGAAGGAGCUGUUUGCAAACUCAACCCUCGCAAACGGAGUCUUCUCGCCUCCCGUCGAGUUUACCAGCGAAGACUCGUCAACUCAUGUCGAGUACUUGAGAGCUCUAUGGAAGGCCGCCAACGUUGGGUUGUUGCCUCCAGGCCUCGAGCCCGCAGCCGUGCUUGAGCACGUCCAACGAGAAGUUGUGGCGCUUGGAUUGGACGUGAGCAUACUCGACGCUGGCUUGCUAGCCGCACCCAGCAGUUCUCUUGAUGAUGGCGGCUUUGGCAGAGGUGGCGCUGCGCCCUUUGCGGCCAGCCAGCCGGUUGCCAAGUCUCUAUUCGGUGCGCCAGCGGUGCCCAGCGGCGGCGCCGCGGCUUCUGUCCCAGCGGCGGCAGUUCCUUCUGGCCCGCCCGUUGAGCUCGAUCAAGACGAGCUUGAUGCGUUCCAAAGUGCCAGCUUUACAUUCGGGCACAUUCCUGAAACCGCUCCACCACUACCGUUGUGUUAGUGCCAUUUUCAGAACAGUUGUCUCUUGAUGGGUUUUCAAACAAAAAACAACAAAUCCAAGUUGAUUUCUCCACUCCAAUGAGAUGAUUUCCUGCAAUGUGUCAUAAUAGUGCAGCACCGCUCCAG